AUGGAUACUCUGAAUCUGGCCAAACAGACACGACAGAAAGAGGGUUUGUGGGAGGUGGAAAUCUCUCACGGCGGCGAGGCAGAUCUUCACCAACACCUCAUCGACUGCAGCAAGAACAGAGACCAUCAGAGGUUCAUCCCCGUACACAAACUUGGUCUGCAUCAUUUCCCUGCCGGCUGCAAUGACCGUGACCUACUGGCCUUCACCCAGGCCCUUGCUGACCUAACGGUCCGUGUGUCCGUGAGUUACAUCAGCCCCGAGAGACCAAAGACUUUCCCGGGCAGUAAGCAGCCAUACCCACUCUGUUCACACCGCGGCAGGAAAAUGACGGUAGUCGGGACUGGACGCGUCACCAGGCUUCUCAGAUAUUCCAAAGAGGACGGCGGUGACUGCGAGUGUCUCUGUAAGGAAUGUCAGAGCUCUACAGACAAGAAACGACCGUUUGCGCACGUAGAUAUAGAGACUGCAGCUCACGUUGUAUAUGACAGGAUCGAGGGAGAGAAUACAACCUGCCAUCUUUUCUUCGACUCGGGUAGCCAACCCGACCACUGUCCGGGAGCCGUGGCACUUGUGGGUGCUAUAAAUGUCUGUAGUACGAUCGACGAAGACUGGUGUAAGUUGACAUGUGUCACCCACGACACUGACCUCAUCAACAAGCUGGAGAAGAUGGUAAACCGCUGGAACGGUCUCUGGGAAAGUCUAGACACCAAAUAUAACAAGUACGUCCCGGUAAUCUGGCACAAACUGACAAUCAUCGUGUCGCACCCUCACGGCUGCAGCAAACAGGCCAGCAUUGGCUACUGCGUCAAGAGGGACAUGGUAGACGAUCGGUACAUCUACACUUAUUCCACAGCCACAUGUCCUGGGUCGAGUGGAGCUCCGGUGUUCGUGCUUGGUGUCAGCCGUUGGUGGCUUUCCACCGACUAUGUCCACAGCGGGGUCAGUGGUUGGAAUACCAAAUACAACUGUAGCGGCUACGGCAGCAGAUAG